GACAGCGACUGGUGGUGGCAGAGCGUAGGUAGCAACCUGCAGACCCUGCUCUCCGCCGCUGGCUAUUCCAUCGCCGACCAACUGGAAGCUCUGCGCUUCUUCUAUCACUUGGUGACGCCCCGAUUGGGCCCCAGGCCUUCUGGUACCAAGGCGGAAUGGAAGAGUUUUAUGACCGACGACCACACUCCUGUUGAGUACUCGUGGAAAUGGGGUUUCGGGGACGAGGCCCCUGAGGUUCGCUACAGCAUCGAGUCCAUUGGUCACUACGCAGGGGCGUCUCCAGAUCCUCUCAAUCAAAUUGCUACUUGCGACUUUCUCGCCCAGCUCUACAGCAACGGCCUCCGGGGCCUCGACCUGGAGUGGUUUGACCAUUUCAAGCACACUCUUCUAGGCCCUGGGACUCCGGCUUCCAAGGCCAAGGUCGUCAGCCAGUCCACACUUUUUAUGGCUUUUGAGAUCUCUCAUGGUCCCGUGGGCGUCAAGGCCUACUUCAUUCCGGUCGAAGCUCCCGGGUACAAAUCUGUCGACCAAAUAUUUAGAGCAAUCGCAUCCGCUGGCUGUUGCAAUCCCGCCGCUACAAAUAGAUUACACAGCUUUUUCCGCAACGACGUUCACGGCCGCACUAUCAAUCCAUUCAUGUUGGGCAUUGACUGCAUCAUCCCCUCUGAGUCCCGGUUAAAAAUAUACGCCCGCUCACGCAUUACUACCUUUGACCUCGUGCGACGCGCCAUGUCCAUUGGCGGACAGCGCAGGGGCAUCGAGGAGGCUGAGAAGCAGCUUCAUCAACUUUGGAAGCUCGUGCUGGGUCUAUCUGACGACGCCCCUGCUGACAAGGAGCUCUCUCCCAACUCACACGAGACGGCGGGAGUGCUCUUCUAUUUUGAUGUUGCAUCAAUGGCUGUACUUCCCGAUGUCAAGGUAUACAUUCCCGUGAGGCAUUACGCUCCCAGCGACGGUGUUACUGCCCACGGCUUGGUUCAGUACUUGAAGAGUCAGGACCGGAGCGCUUAUGUGCAGCAAUAUCUCAAGACGCUUGAUACACUAACGACGAGAGAGAGUGGUGGUAACUCCCGCGGAGUGCAAACUUAUAUCUCCUGCGCCUACAAAAAGGACAAACUUGUCAUCACGUCCUAUCUAAGCCCACAGUGCUAUCAUCCGUCACGGUUUUGA